CAACACACGAGCUUUGCGGCGAGAUACUGCAUACACACGCAUUUGCGCAAGUAUAUGGGCAUGUAGAUCAUUGUGUGCGCACGGACCUUGUAAGUCUUGCGUCACAGUUCACAUGACUUGUAAACAAAUGAUAAACGUCAACAUAUUUUAUGCAACAAAAUAUAAUCUUUGCAAUGUGAAGUGAUUUGUUUACAGUGCCGCGUAUAUUUAUAAACACAACUGGAUCAUGAAAACCAGUGAUUUGUGUUUGGAAAAGGACAAUAAAUGUGCCGAAGUGAAUCGAAAUGCCAUAAUUUUCGAAAACAGUAAGCUAACCUAUGUGGGUCAAGACUGCUCGCGUAUUCCAUCUCCAUUGAUACAAGUGUAUGCGCCAAGUGUGCAUUAUAUGGACCUUAGCUUCAACCAACUCUCAACUCUUCAGGGUCUUGAACAAUUCACCUUGUUGAAAGAACUGGUGUUGGACAACAACAAUUUAACAGAUACAUUGUGCCUGCCACGUUUGCAGCAUUUGCAUACACUUUCCCUCAAUAAGAAUAAUAUUGUCAACUUAGAGCUCCUGUUGAACAAAAUAUCAAAUAAUUUGCCAGCGUUACGGUACCUGAGCCUUUUGGGGAAUGUAGCAUGUCCAAAUCAGCUGUCAGACAUGGAAAAAGAUGAAGAGGACUACCAAAGAUACAGGUACUAUGUACUAUAUAGACUACCUAAUCUUCAGUUUCUUGAUUCAACAAAGGUAACAACUGAAGAGCGUUUGGAAGCUAGUCGCAGAGGUCAGUUGAUGAAGGUGGUCUGCCCCACAAAUGUGGAAGGUAGAGAUGACUCGCCUGCAACCUUCAAUUCCAAGUACACACCACUACCAGGUUCUAAGCGAAGUAUUGGAGAUCAUCAAGGUGCAUAUGGUAAAUGUCGGUACCGCUACUCUGGGAAACACUCUGAAGGGAAUCGUUUCAUUAAGAAUAAUGAUCUUUAGGAAAUAGAAGCAAGACAUGCAGCUGGUGUCACUGUUAAUUUAAUGUGGUAUUGUCAUUAUCUUAUUUUCUCUCCUUGCACUUCUCUCAUAAUCAUUAAGUUACUUUCCCAUAGCAUAAUCAAACAGUGGUAACUCCAGGCUGGAAUAUUAACAAUAUUAGGAAAAGGAUAGAUUGCUACUCACUGUAAAGAUGGCCCAUUGAGUUGGUCAGGCAGAACAAAAAGAUUGUUACACAUUACAGCUUUUGGCUAAAGCCUUUUCCAGCAAAGAAAACACGGACUUGCUUGUGUAAAUGUGUAUGUGUGUUUUCUUUGCUGAAGAGCUUUGCCCAAAAGCAAUGAUGUGUAACAGUUAUUUUGUUGUGCCUUUCCCAUAUUUUUUCUUGCUGGACAGAGCAUAGUGGUCAUCAGUAUUUCAUGUUUUACAGAAUUUAUUUUAGUUGUAAAUGAGAGCUUAUGUUCAAUGUAUCAAAAAGAAAAUCCACUUACUACCUUACAUUCUGUGGCAUACAUGUGUGAAGUACAUUUCUUGUAUAUUGGCACACUAUGAGAGUACACUUUUGUUGCACACAUUGCUCAAACUAACCAUGACAUGAUGUGGUAUGUCAUUUUAUAUCGUGUUUAUAUAUAUUUUUUCAGCUACCUCAUAUUUACCAACCUAGUAUGAAAUAUUUACUGCUUCAGAUAGCCAAAAAGAAAGGAAUUCCCAGAACAUUGAGAAAAGUAGUCACUGCUGACUGUGGCAAUAUGUGCCAUGCCACCAUCUUAGUGGUAUUAGAAAUCACAUCAUCUCCAAUUACAGGUACAGGGCAUGUUGUAACGAUUUUUCAGUAGAGUUCUGCUGUAACUGUAAAUGUUUGUUCAACUUCAUCAUAAAAGAAGUGAAAUUUGUCAAUUUUGUUAGUAUGUUAAACACCUCAGUUUGUCAUCCUGUGACAGAAUUGCAUUGAACUAAAAGCUCCACAUUAGGAAUUACAUUCCCUUGAUGCCUAGUGCCCUGUAAUCCAGUGUAAUUGAGGUAGGCACUGAUACAUUACAACAGUAACAAGAACAGGUGUUGUGAAUAUUUUCUGUUACUCUGACAUGAGGUUACCUCUGCAGGCCUUUCUUAGAUUUCCAAUGAUAUGAAAUUAAUAUCUGUUCAUUAUUAAUGGCAACAGUGCCUACGUUUAUGCAGUAACUGCAUUUAUUAAAAUACAAUGUCCUUCAGACAUGCAUGCAUGUCUGAACGAACAGACACUGUCUUUGAUGAUUUGAAGCUGUGGGAAUUAUGAAAUGGAUUAACAUAUCAUGAAUAUGUAUUAGCAUCAGCAACUUGUAACAAAUGAAAAUUUGUGCUGAAUGGGGACUCGAAUCAAACCUUGGCUAUCCGAGGUUCAGAUCGGUACUGGGGGCAUGCUUGAAUAGCUGAAUCUAAUGUUUGGAGCAGCACUGGGGGCAUGUUCGGAUAACCAGAGUGGUUAAGCCAGUUGCUAGUGUCAAGUGGGAAAUCCAGGUUCGAGUCCCAGUCCAGCACAAACUUUUAUUUUUGUCACAAGUAGCUGAUGCUAAUACGUUUUCACAAUAUGUGAAUCCAUUACAUGUGCAUUACUUCCACUACAUGCCAUAGGACUCUGUAGAUGCAUGUCAGAUCUAGUUUACAGAUAUGAUUGAAUUUACAUUGAUAUUAUUUGGGUGCUUUAGAACUAUUGUUUCUAUGUCAAGUGGAAAACCUAAUCUAGCAGCAGCAGCACAGAAAAUAAGUUUUGUGAUAUAGUUAGAAUUGACAUUAACAUGAAAUGUAGCCAUUGUCAUUUUAUAAUUGACAAGUUAUAAACUUCUAGCUGUAAAUUGGGUUCUGAUGUCUAUGGCCAUUUUAAGUAGUGCAAUUGUUAACUAAUCUUUUAUUUGAAUGGAGAGAACUACUGAAUCAAAUACAAAUUUAAUACCACAUUUUUUUUCACUAAAAUAUACAGUGUGUUUGCGUCAUUAGAUCUGUUUCCAAAACGAAUUGUGCAACAAUUGACCAAGUAGAUUGAGUACAUGUUAAAAAUGUGUCAUAAAGAAAAGUGAAAGCUAAUGAUGAUAAAGUUAGUCAUCCUAAUUUUUGAGACUACUGUAUUGGCAAGUCAUAAAAAGAAGAAAAAUUGAUGAAAACUGGUCAUUCAUAACACAAUAAAAUUGUGUAGGAAUUGUUAAUUUCAUAACUGUGAGUUCAAGUCUCAUCUUAGAGAUAAACUGGACAAAAGCUACAGAAAAAACAUAUUCUUAAUAAACUUUGCCAUUGUUGUUAUUAUUUACUACAAUUGCUACUACUAUUAUAAGUUGAUCUUAAAAAUUGCGAAAGUGGAAUAGUCAUGUGCAAAAAUAAAAGUUGUGCCUUAACAUAGUACCACUGUUUCAUGCCAGAAAUAAAUUUGACCAUGAUAGACUAAUCCUGUAUGAGCUUUACUGCAAUAUUAAGAAUCUCAUGUGAGAAAUGAUACUCUUUAAUAACAUGAUGGUAAGAAGGUACUGAUGUUUGUUUUCAGCGGUUGAUAUUGUGAAAUAUCUCUUGAUACUUUUGUAGAAAAAUAUUUUAUUAUUGUAAUAAACUGAGUGGUAUAUCUAACAACUGUGAUGUCACCAACAAAGAUCUGAAACAUGUACAAAUGCUUCUCUCAUAUGAAUCAUGUUAUUCUGUUAAGGCCUUUGUGUGUAUAACUCUUUUAUACGUAACAGAAUUUGUAUUGUAUACGAGAUUUUGUAAAUAAAUAUAGUUAACAGUU